GAUGAGCAGCUACUACGCCACAUACCGUAUACUACUUCCAAUCUGACCUCGAUAUCCACGAGGGUAGCCAUGUCCUCAAUACCCCGUACAUCCCCUCAAGACGAUGUGCGCGCCCACAUUACUGCCUCUCUUUGCGCACAGCGCGCACCAGAUGGCACUCCUGAGGAGACACUCAUCACUUUCCUCAAGGUGUACGAGGAGGAUCCAGCCGGCGGAACAAAGUCCAGAUACCUGAUACUUGCGGUACAACGAACAGGCAGGGUGUUUAUCCACAAGGCCAAGAGAAACAGUAAUCUGUCUUUCUCAAAAGGUAAGACGUGGUACUUGGAGGAUGUUCGCGUGUUGGAAGUAAUGGGGCCAUCAGAUUUUGCCCUGACAAUGACCACACGGCGCUACCACUGGACGACCGAACGCCCCAAAGAUCAAACGGCAUUUCUUACUUCUGUGGUCAAGGUCUACAAGGAGUACACUCAUGGUCGUCUACCCGAACUAAUCAAUUUUGUUCCUCCUUCAACUCAACCUCAGCCACCCUCUCAACAACAAAUGCCUCCUCAUACGGGCCUUAAUGAACCCUUCCCCAUCCCCCGAGUGGGCAAUUCCGACCUUACGCCCCCUCAACCAUUCGGACGCUCAUACCGUGCAAACUCUUCCUCAUCAGUUAACUCUUCACAAACGUACGGUAGUCAUUACCAGCCUUCACAUUCCGAAUCAUCUCGGGGACGACCUUCCCUGGAUGAUGACCGCUCACCGCCGAGUUCGGCGGGUGCAGGCGCCUUUGCUCGUUUGCCGUUGAGCGAUACCGGUAGAAGACCUUCUGUGGGAGAUGGAAGAGGAGUGAUGUCUCCAAGAGCUGUCGGGCCAGGAAAUGGAGUGGGAAUGGGCCCGCCUCCAGCGCAGAGAAAAAUGUCGGACGAUAGAGCAGAAAGGAUCGGUCCGAGUGCUCUUCGGAACGUAUCAGCCGCCUCUGAAUACGAUCCAGGAGCUGCAGGUGACGCAAGUUUGAGGAUGAAGAAGUCUGAGAGUGAUAUGGGUGUCAUUGCAGAGAUGGAGAGGGAACGAUCAGUAUUGGCGGGAGAUGGGAGAAAAGCAAACCAAAGUAAUAGAAUAGCCUCAGCUCCCGUCAUCCGAGAACCUUCAUCGCCACCACCGCCGCUUCCACCACCUCCACAAUCUACGUCCAAUCCCCAAGCAUCAGAACAAGCAAAGCCGAAACCUGCUCCUCCGACCAUCACCACCACGGACCUCUCAGUACCGUCUCCCGGGCUCACCACACCUGCCGCCUAUUCUUCUUCUCCAGCGAGCGCUACCCGUCCAUAUCGACGAGCCUCUUUUCAUCCUCCCCCACUCGACACUACCAUCUCUCGUGACGUACUUCUCCAAUCACGUACAGGGCUGCUACCAGGAGCUGCGGGUAUGACAAUAGAUGAAUCAGAAGGGGAUGAUGGGGUGUUGAAGAAUGUUGAGGAGAUGCUGGAAGGAUUUGAUUGGGGGAUGAGUGCUGGGGGACUUGGUAUAAGUGGGGAAGGGAAGAAGAAAGGAGCAGACGUCAUUGAGAAUCGGUUAUUGGAUGAACUAACUGCUCUGGAUUCUGCCAUUAUUCAUGCUUUCUUGGAAUCUGAUGAUAGAACAGCUCAAGUUUUGGCCCAUAUCGACGAAGCGCUUAUGGAGCUGGAUGACAUUGAUUUGCAGAUCACCGGAUAUCGGAUGCAGCUCAACGCUGUAUCUGAUGACAUCUCUUAUAUCGAGUCUCAAGGAAAAGGCCUCCAAGUUCAGACGUCAAACCAACAGGUCCUCCUGAACGAACUUCGUCAACUUUUGCAAAUCGUCGAGGUACCUGCGGAUGAUCUGCAUACCCUGAUUAAAGAGCCUCCUUCUUCUGAACAAGGUGUUAAGGCGCUUGAACGGGCCGCGGCGUCCCUAUACAAGGCCUUACAAGCCGGUAUGGAUACUGCCAAUGCAGAAGUGGCUGCUACUAUCGCGAGGAUGCAAGAGUACCGUGAGCAGAGCUCCAAGUUUUGUAAGCGGAUGUCCGAUUAUCUCGAUAUCACGUUCCAGUACCAGGCCGAUUCUACUCUAUCAGAAUUUCGUAAAAACUUCAAGAAAACCAUGGCUCUGGAAUCUCAUCAAAAGAUGGGCGAGAAGCUGAUGAUAUAUACUGGCCUGGUGCUGUAUAUCAAAGAAAUGGACGAUGCGCGAUAUCAAAAACUUUGUUCAGACUAUAUGUCAAGAGCCAGUCAGCUGCAUCAGUCGGAGAUGAGAGAGCUUUUGACGUAUAUGGCAUCACUCAAUGUUAGUUCCGGCGAUGCUGGUGCGGAUGCUGACUUUUCGAGUGCACCCGGUGCAAAUUAUGCGAGACCGUCUGCGCUGCAAAAGUCUAAGACGGUUAUUGGACUAGGUCUUGGUAAUCAACCCAAGCAGGAAAAGCGCACAGGCAACAACGUUAAUCGUGCCGCUGAGCUUUACCGCCAAGCCUUUACACAAAUCAUCAACCAAAUCGUAAUCGAAGAAGACUUUAUCAAUGCCUUCCUCCGCCCCGUUGAUACCGAAUCCACUUUCGCUGAUUACAUGGAGCUUGACUCUUACUUCCGAAGACAAGCUGCUAGACAUGCCAGUAGAGCAAGGUCAGCGGGGAUGAUACAGUUGUUGAGGUCGAUGAUGGAUCUGAUUUUUGGGUUUGUGGAGGUUGAAUUGAAGAAUUGGGUGGAAGCGACGGUGGAGAAGGGUCCUGUUGCCAUUGUGGGGAUUAUUGCUGUCACAGAGAGGUUAGCAAAAGAAGCAGAGGAAGAAAACACUUCCAUAUUUUUUGCACAGCUCUUUGAUAAGCAGCUGUUAAAACAAAGAUUGAUCAUGGAUAUGUUUGUCAACAAACAAAUCAAAUUAAUCGAAGCUUCGAAGACGGUCAUCAAGAGACGCAAAGGUAUCAUCUUUUUUGUCAAGCAUUUCCCUGUCUUUGUAGAGAGAGUAGAGCAACAAAUGGACGGCAACGGUGACCUGCCCAUUCGGGUCAAGGUGAACGAGGCGUAUGAAAGGGUAAUGACUUCUGUAUUUGGAUCGCUUGAGCAGCUGGCAAAGAUGGAAAGAGCGGAGACACAAGCAAAUGAAGACAAGGGACAGCUGAACUACCACGUCAUCAUGAUAGAAAACUUGCACUGCUUCGUUGAGGAUGUUUCACAAAUCAAGUCUAUGGCUAUGGCUGGCUUUUUGCAACGUGCCAAGGCACGCUAUGAAGAGAACGUGUCGAUGUACAUUAAGCUCAUGUUACGGCGAACCUUUGCUCGAUUCAUCGACUUUUUCGAUGGUGUUGAUCGCCUGCUUCAAAGCACCCCUGCCAAUGAAGUCUCGCUUCAUCAUUCUUACAAUCGCUCGGCUCUUAAAAAGAUACUCAAAGACCACGGAGCCAAGGAUAUGAGAAAGGCAGUGGAGACCAUGUCCAGAAGAGUGGACAAGCACUUUGCAGAUGACGAAGAACCAAAUACAUCUACUGCCAAUACGGCACUCAUCAGUAUAAUAUGGAAGGAGUUGACGAAAGAGUUCGCAAAAGAGAUCUUGAGGGCGCAAGGGAUUGUUGCGAAGAGCUAUGGGGACUCUGGGCUGGGGCUUGAAUUUAGCGCUGCGGACGUCGAGGCUACGUGCAAAAAAAUGAAGUAGUAUGAGGCAUAAUUAGAUCGUAACUACUGGCUGUUCGGGGAUGUACGUAAACAUGGACUAUAGUGAUAUCUGUGAUUGCGUCAUGAGAUUGAGGUAUGAGU